AUGGCGGCGGCCUCUGCAAUUCGUGGGAGCCAGGUAAAACUAGCCUUGCGGGAGAUCCGCAUCCACUUAUGUCAACGCUCAGUCGGCAGCCAGGGCGUCAGGGACUUCAUAGAGAAAAAGUACGUGGAGCUGAAAAAGGCGAAUCCUGACCUACCCAUCCUAAUCCGCGAGUGCUCCGAUGUACAACCUAAGCUCUGGGCCCGCUAUGGUGAGCAUGUCAUUCCGGAAUCAGCCAAAAUUCCAUUUAGACCUGAGUGUUACUGA